AUGAAUUGGAUUGAAGAAACUCUUGAUCGUCUAGUUCAAAACGUACUAAACAGUACAGCUUUGAUAUAUGAUGCUAGACAGGAAACAUUUGCUGAUCUUAACGAACGUAUUCGCAAAUUGGAAGCUCAGCUGAAACGUCAUGGGAUUGACCAACGGACUCUUGUUGGUGUUAAUGUGUGCCGUUCAAUCGAUUCGAUCGUAUGUCUAAUAACUCUAUUGAAAAUGAACUGUGCGAUAGUACCACUCGGCUUAACUUAUUCAAUAGAACAGCUUCAUUACAUUGUACAGGAUACGGGUCUCAAUUGGAUAUUGUCUGAGAAACCGUACGAUUUCCUCGGAUAUGAUUAUAAAGAUCAGGUGCAUAUAAUAUAUCUCAAUACGGAACCUGAUUAUUCUGAUGCAGAGACUUUGCGUGCUGUGAACGCGAAACGUAUAGUAGAUGAAUCAACUACGAUCGGUUACAUUUUUUAUAAAUUCGGAUCAGCAGAUUCUCCAAAGCGAAUCGUAGGAACGAUAGAGAACUUGAAAAAUCGCUUUGAAUGGAUGUGGCAACACUAUCCAUUCGUAAUUGAACGUGAUAUUUGUUGCUACAAGACUGCACUAAGUUUCUCCGAUUUAUUAUGGGAAACUUUAGGAGGAUUGCUCCAAGGCAUACCGUUACUGGUGAUUCCGUCACACGUCGAGAACAAUCCAUUAGAAAUGAUCAAGUUAAUGAUUAAAUAUAGUGUCAAUCGUCUAACAAUGACUCCAUCGCUUCUGAAGCUUCUAGUGAAAUUACAAAAAUUCGAUAUACUUCAUUGGGAUGCACUAUCAUUGAUGGUCUCAAGUGGCGAACCUUUGCCAACUUCUUUGGCUACUCGAUUUAUUCAUACAUUUCCUCAAGCAACACUACUCAAUGUUUACGGACACGACGAAGUUUAUAGUCACGCUCUUCCAUUGGAAUUCAACAGUGAAGACGACUACGUUCCAAUCGGAGAGCCUAUUACGAAUGGUGCAGCAUACAUCCUUUCGGAUGAUCACAAGCUGACUCAACACGGAGAGUUAUACAUUGACGGCACUGGUACAGGUGACAUUGUUUGCUGCUCGCUCGGUGGCUAUCUACAGUUCAUAGGUCGCACUAGCGAUCAAGUACAAAUACAAGGACAUACAGUUUCUUUACGAAAAAUUGAAAAAGCUCUCAUAGAUACAUCUAUCAUCGAAGAUGUCAUUGUACUCGCACGUUGCCUAUCUUCCAAUGAUGGUAAUGUAUUAAUUGCUUAUGUCAAAAGAAACAUGGACUAUUCCUAUUCGAAAACUAAACUAAUCUCUCUACUAUAUCAGCAAUUAAAACAAACUCUACCUGACUAUAUGCUACCGAAUGCUUUCGUACUCCUUGCUGAUUUUCCACUGACACCGAAUGGGAAGAUCGAUCGAAAUCUCCUACCAAAUGCUGUUGCAAGCGAUUUUAUUCAAGCUAAUGUUUACAUUGAACCGGCAACUGAAAUCGAGCAAACAAUUGCGAAAAUAUGGUGCGAUCUUCUGUCUCUUCAACAGGUCGGUAUGAAUGACAAUUUCUUUUGUCUUGGCGGACAUUCGCUUCUUGCUAUGCAACUUAUCGUACAAUUACGUAAGCAACAUCAAGUGGAAUUGGAAUUCAGCCAACUGAUACGCGAUGCUUCAUUGAGUACUCUGUGUACGCAUGUACAACUUCAAAGCACAACUGACAAGUACAAUUCAAUCGUUAUGCAACGAUAUGAUCGCACUUCUUCACUCCCAAUGGCGUAUCAACAAGAAAAACGCUGGUGUAUAGAUCAUGCAGACAAUUUUCAUAUUGCAUUGCGAGUGCAUGGUCCGUUUCAUGUCACUCGCUUUCGAUCUGCGCUAGCCGAUAUGAUCGAGCGUUACGAAGUACUACGCACUGUAUUUGUAGAACGUAUCGAGAAAAAUGAUGAUGAAAAUAAAGUACAAGACACACAUUUUAAACAUCGUGAGCAAAUGAUUGUUUCGUAUCCUCAAAUGGAACUUGUAUUUCAAUUUAUUGAUACUGUCAAUGAUGAAAAACGUCUAAAUGAUUUGAUUCGAGAUGAACUAGACAAACCUUUUUCGUUAGAAUGUGGUCCUCUCCUGAGAAUAAUUGCCUAUCAUAUCAACGAGUCGACACAUGUGCUCGCCCUAGUUUUUCAUCCGAUCAUCAUGGAUACAUGGUCCUUACGAAUUUUUCUUCGAGAAUUAUCGUCGUUUUACAAUAUGUGGGGAGAAGAUAAGUCGACCACACCACCGAUGAUCCAGCCAGUUCGAUUUCACUAUGCUGAUUUUGCAGUUUGGCAGCAUCGAUGGUUAAAAGGUAAGAUUGUCGACGAACAAUUCAGCUAUUGGAAAACGAAACUUCAUGAGGCACCGGAUACAUCUGUAUUCCCCAGCGAUUAUGCUGUUCGACCAGUGACAAUGAAACAUCGCUGUGAAACUGUAAAACUUCCUCUUCCACAAUUUCUUACUAACACUCUUUUGAGUAUGGUUGAAAAAUUCGGCACGACACUAUUCACACUGAUGCUCACAGCUUUUGGUAUUCUAGUAUAUCGAUACACACACCAGGAUGACGUUAUUAUUGGAAUUCCCGUUGCUAAUCGGCAAUAUCCAAAUGUUGAUAAUAUGCUUGGCCCCUUUGUUAAUAUUCUUCCUGUACGUAUGUCCUGUGGCAAUCAACUGAACUCCGUCGAAUUCUUUCGUCAAAUCAAUGAAACACUCAUCGAAGCGUAUGCACACCAAGAUGUAACGUUCGAACAGAUAAUUGAUCAACUAGAAGUCAAUCGCGCACUUAAUUAUAACCCAAUCUUUCAAAUGAUUUUCAAUGUCGAGUACGCAUCGUCUUCCCCAAUAAAUAGUUUUAUUCUCGACGAACAAGUUCAAGUGUCCAUGCAUCAUGUACCAAGUACCACGUGUUUAUAUGAUAUGUUCGUAACUGUACACGAGGAAUGUUUGUGGUUGAUCAACGAUGCAUAUCGUUCUUUGGUUCUUGAAUUCGAUUAUAAUCCAGGACUUUAUCAUGAAUCUACAGUUGUCUCUAUUGGAAAUAACCUCAUCAAAUUACUUGAAUCAAUGGUUCAAAAUUUACAAAUUCCAAUCUCACAACUCAAUAUCGAUACUUUUCAGAUCAAAGAUACAUACCGAACUCAGAAGUACGACGACACGUUACUUGUACAUCAGAUGUUCGAACGUGAGGCCGCACUUCAUCCGAACGCUCGUGCCGUUUCAGAUCUUAAUCAUAUUCUUUCGUAUGCAGAACUUAACAUGCAAUCGCAUAGAAUGGCUGCCACACUUGCUCAGUGCGGCGUAGAUACCGACACAAUCGUUGCUGUAUGUCUUAAUCGAUCUUCUGAUGUUGUAUCUACGAUUCUUGCUAUACUCAAAGCAGGUGGUGCAUUUCUACCUAUCGACAAUCAACAUCCAUCACCACGAAUCCGUGAUAUGCUUUUGCACAGUCGCUGUCAAUUUAUGGUCAUAGACAAAACGUUACCUGUCUUUUCGGAUUUGAUGAUCGAUCAUGGUACUUGUACGAUUAUCGAACUUGACACAUUGAAGAAUUCAAAGAGUACUCUAUUUAAUGAUGAUCAGCAUCUGUCAACGGUGAGAAAUCACAAUUUAGCUUAUGUUAUAUACACAUCAGGUUCGACUGGUGCUCCAAAAGGAGUGAUGAUUGAACACAGAAGUCUACAGAAUAUUGCUCAGGCAUGGAAAACCAUUUAUCAAUUAUCUUCGGAAAUGCGUCAUCUUUCCAUGGCAAAUGUCGCCUUUGACGUGUUUGUUGGAGAUAUCGUUCGAUCUCUCUGCUUCGGUGGUUGUUUGAUUCUUUGUCCUAGAGAAACUCUAUUUCAACCAAAAGAAUUAUUGACUCUCAUUGAACGUGAACGUAUAACAUGCGCUGAAUUCGUUCCUGCAAGUGUGCGUGCUAUUAUUGAGAAUACCAGCCUUGUUGAGAGACAACGCCAUCUGGCAUCGCUAUCGUUGAUGAUCUGCGGAUCGGAAAAGUGGUCGAUAGGUGAAUAUGAAAACAUCAGGAAAAGCUUACGCGCUGGAGCACGACUUGUCAGCUCUUAUGGUCUUACGGAGCUAACAAUUGAUUCGACAUACUUCGAAUGUAAUACAUUAACUUGGAAUAAUGAAACUGCAACAGUUCCCAUUGGCAUUCCUUUCCCCGGAGUUGAAAUAUAUGUACUUGACGCGCAUUUUAUGCACGUUCCACGCGGUGUUACAGGUGAGCUUUUUGUUGGUGGACCAUCGGUAGCUCGAGGUUAUUUACACAAUCCAACAUUGACGGACGAACGAUUUCUUGUGAAUCCGUUGAAGAAAACUUUGAGUAAUAAUCGUCUGUAUAAAACAGGAGACCUUGUACGUUAUCUUUCUGAUGGAAGAACACUUCAAUUUGUCGGCCGUAUAGAUGAGCAGAUCAAAGUGCGCGGCUAUCGAAUUGAAUUGACCGAAAUCGAAUGCAUUCUGUCGAGAGUACCCGAAGUACGGCAAACAAUUACAAUGGCUCAAAAAGAUAAUGCUGGACAGAUCUCACUUGUUGCUUAUGUUCUUCUGAGAACCGAAUUCGACAGUGAGAAGAAACAAGAAAUCCGUCGUACUCUUCGUGAUCAUGCUAUGAAACAUCUACCAGGCUACAUGGUGCCAAAUGCCUAUGUUAUCUUGGAAUUUUUUCCAUUUUUACCCAACGGAAAAGUCAAUCGAAAGGCAUUACCAAUGCCGAAUGACGUUGAUCGACUUCUAGACCGAGCAUCAGAUGAAAAUCAAAUUCAAGCUGAAACUCCUGUUGAGAAAGAUCUUCUUAGUAUAUGGCAACGUGUCCUGCAUCGAACUGCGAUUUGUCUCAAUGACAAUUUUUUUUCAACUCGGAGUCAGCUAUUCCGGUCGCCGACAAUUCGGAAAUUAGCAGAAGAACUUCAAACUUUAUUACCAAAGGAUUCGUCUGUUUCAUAUGCAAGUCAAAACUGUCGUAAAGAAAAUGCAGCGACUAACGAAAAUAGUGUUAUUCCACUUACGCCUAUUCAACAAUGGUUUUUCGAACAGAAUUUCGAGAACUUCAACAAUUGGAGUCAAUGUGCUUUAAUGACAUUUCCCGUAGAAAUCAAGUCUAGCCAGGCCAAAGAAAGUUUGUUUGAAUUAGUACGCAAACAUCCGGGCCUAUUUUCAAAGUAUUACAAAGAUGAAACAUCAAAUCGUUGGUUACAUCUGCCGUGUUUCGAUUCAUCAACCGUUGAUCUCGAAACAAGCCUAGAACUUCUAGAUUUAAUAAGUUUGCCUGCAAAUGAAAGAGAUUUUAUCAUAGCAAAUAAAAUCGAGCAAGCUGAUAGUUCUCUUGAUAUUACUGUUGGUAAACUUUGGCACGCUCUUUUGGUAUCAAUUGGUGACGAUGUCGGGCUGACACUUUACAUUGUUAUACAUCAUUUGGUAGUUGAUGGCGUGUCUUGGAGAAUUUUCACUGAAGAUCUCGAAGAUAUACUGAACUCACACUGCUUCGGUCGUAACGAAAUUUCACCUUCUACAUCAGACUCAUUUUCAGAAUGGGCUGCAGCUCUAGUAAACGAAGCUCAAUCCACCACGAUUACGGAUGAGUUUAAAUUCUGGUCUCAGAUAAAUUCAAAGUCGAAAAAUGCCGCACAAAUACCACGUGAUUUCGAUCACGGAACGAACACUAUGCAGCAGAGUAGCGUUGUACACACGACACUAGAUCAAAAAGUUACAGAUCUUCUAUUGCCUAUGCUUUCAUCCUACAGUGUUACCAUGUACGAUGCCCUUUUGACAGCAUUACUAUUCAGUCUUCGAUUGUGGUGUCAUCACGAUCAAUUCUAUUUGAUUUUAGAAGGACAUGGUCGAGAAGCGAUUGAUGCUGACGUGGACAUAUCUCGAACAAUCGGAUGGUUUACAACAGAAUUCCCCAUUUUCUUCGACUUUACUUGCACUCAUCAGCAACUGAGCAUACACCAUUUGAGAAGUGUACAUGAUCAACUGCAAGCUGUCCCUAAUCGAGGUUUCGGUUUUGGUCUAUUGAAAUACUUAAAUGAAGAUGCCAACAUACACGACGUCCUCGCAGCAUUGCCCGAGCCAGAUAUACUAUUCAAUUAUCUUGGAGUAUGGAAGACCAAGAGUGAUCGACAAUUAAUCGAAACAAAAGGUUGUUCAGCACUUGACAAGAUUGGGCCAAUGAAUCAUCGUCAACGGUUGAUUGAUUUCGAAAGUUAUAUCAUAGACGAUCAGUUACAUGCGUAUGUUACUUACAGCCAGAAUCAUUUUGAAUCUAAGACAAUCGAACAAUUAGUGAAGAAUUUUUUAACAGCUAUCCAAGAAAUAAGUAACUUUCAACUGAGCUCUUCGACAUCGGAACCAAUUAGUUGUAAUUCAGUCAUAUCUUAUCCUUUAUCACCUAUGCAGUCGGGCAUGUUAUAUCGCUGUUUGCAGUAUCCACAUUCGGAUGAAUAUCUGGUUCAAGGUGUGUUCAAAUUGAGCGGUGUCGUCGAUACACAGCGUGUGCUGAAUGCAUGGCAAAUAUUGAUCGAUUCGUAUGACAUACUUCGAUCGAGUUUUGAUUGGGAUACGACUGCUGGGCUGUAUCAACGAGUAGAACCUGUUGGUAUUCGGAUUCCCUUUGAUUUUCUCGACUGGUCUGUCGAAAGAACGAAACUGAAUGAUUUCUUAAUAGCUGAUCGCGGUCGACUAUUUGAUCUUCAUACGGCACCAUUGUGUCGCAUUACAUUAAUCAAGUUAUCGUCCGAUGACUAUUUGCUCGUUUUCACGCAUCAUCAUAUCCUUCUCGAUGGAUGGAGUACUCCGCUAGUACUCGAACAGUUUUUGAAAGCUUACGAUCGACGUCAUCAAUUCAUCUGUCGAGGAUCUCAAUACGGUGAUUUUAUCCAACACAUUGAAACGCAAAAACACGAAUACUUUAACAAUAUCAAAACAUUUUGGCAGACUUAUUUGCAAGAUCUCAAGGAACCGUGCUACUUGACAUCGGCUUUUCAACAUCUAAUUACCAACACUGAAAAAACUUCGAGCGAGCAAAACCAUGAUGAAAUUGUUGUUCAUUUACCUUCUCAAUUACUCGAAUCUAUCGAUGCAUUUUGUCGUCGUUGUCCGAUUACGAUGAGUAACCUAUUGCUUGGUUGCUGGGCAAUCAUUCUCUCACGAUACUUGCAACGUAUAGAUAUCGCAUUCGGGAUAACAAUUUCGGGUCGCACUGUGCCAGUUGCAUCUAUCGAACAUAGCAUCGGUAUUUUUAUCAAUACAAUACCUCUGUAUAUAUCUACAGCUUACAACCAAUCAAUCGAUAUGUUGAUUUCCAUUCAAGAACAACUUUGUCGUCUACAAGAAAUGGGUACUGCCGUAUCAUUGGGCGAGAUUCAAUCGUGGGGGAAACUGGGCAAUGGACAACCACUUUUCGAUACUCUGUUUAUCAUUGAAAACUAUCCUGACAUUUCGAAACGGCAUACUUAUUCUUUGAAAUGCGAUCAACAUGCUCUGGGUGAAAUCGAAAAGACAGAAUAUCCUCUUACUGUAUGUAUUACUUUCGAUGAUAAAACUACUCGACUCGCUCUCAACUAUAAAACAAAAUAUUUUCCGUCGUCAACAUCGAUUGUCAAACGUCUAGCAGAACACUAUCUGAACGUUUUAGAAAAUAUUGUCACUGAGCCAAAUUGUUCGCCGCAACAUGUUCGUCUUUUAUCGAAUGAAGAGCUGAAUGAACAAUUGGUAAUGUGGAACAAUCAAACAGUCGAGAAUCCUUGGUACAAACGAAAGCCGAAUUCGACUGUUCAUGGACUCAUAGAGGACGUUGCGAAGUGCUAUUCGAGACGCAUAGCUAUCGUUCAUAAUCAGAGAUCCAUUAGUUAUGGUGAACUAAACAAAGUGGCAGAUCGUCUGGCUCAAUUUUUUAUCCUUAAAGGAUAUAUACAAAAACCGGACGAUCUCGUUGUCAUUUCAUGCGAUCGAUCCAUUAAUUUCUUUAUUCUGAUUCUGGCGAUCUUGAAAGCUGGUGGUGCCUAUGUGCCAGUAGACAUUGCGACACCCUUAGAACGUCUCCUCUUCAUUGUUAACGAUACAAAAACGCAUCUCGUACUUAUCGACUCAGAACAACGAAUGUCCGAAUGCCAAACACGUCUAUCUACACAAGUUGCUGUAUGCCAGAUAGACGCUAUUUUACUCGAAAGCAACGAUGACGCGGAUACAACAUUCGAAUACAUCCUAUCUUUCGGAUACGAACCUGCUACUUCUCGUAGUCUCGCUUAUGUAAUCUAUACAUCUGGCUCGACUGGACUUCCAAAAGGCGUUCUCAUUGAGCAUCAAAACAUUUUAUGGUACCGCGAUUCAUUACAACAUCGCUAUUCACUGACUGACGGCAUGCUCUAUGAUUUCUCAUCGUCAAUAGCAUUUGACUUGUCCGUCACAAGUACGUUAAUUCCUAUGCUAACUGCUGGAACUGUGAUCAUUUGCAAUGAUGACAUCAAACGUGAUAUUUUCAAAUUCCAUGAUCAUCUCGUACAAAAUCGCAUCCAGCUAAUCAAAUGCACACCAAGUUUUUUCAUACAGAUGGCCAAUGCUCUAUGUAACGAUGAUCAGAUCCAACUGCCAUAUUUAACUACGUUCGUUAUUGGCGGAGAGAUCCUACCCGUAGAUUCCGUGCGUCAAUGGCUUAAGAAGUUUUCUCACCACAAAAUUUUCAACGAAUACGGUCCAACCGAAACCACCGUGGGCGUUUCGGAGUUUCUUGCUGAUGCAAAUAGUAUUACUAGUGUGGCAAUACACGAAAAGGGUCUACCGGUCGGCAAGCCCUUUCCAUAUGCAGCGUUCUAUAUUCUGGAUAGAAACAACGAAGUUUUACCAAGCGGACUCAUUGGCGAACUAUGCAUUGGUGGGUUCAGUCUUGCUAGAGGUUAUCUAAAUCGUGUUGAUCUGACCCACAGAAGUUUUGUUGAAAUUGAACUUGCAAGUACGAAGACACGCGUGUAUCGAACAGGCGACCUGGUGUAUUAUUUGUCGACCAUGGAUGUACAGUGUGCAGGUCGAGUCGAUCAUCAAGUAAAAAUUCGUGGUUACCGUGUGGAACUAGGUGAAAUCGAGUAUCAAAUCAAAUCGUAUUUGAACCUGACUCAAAUCCAUGUACUAAAAAGUACGGACAGCACGUCGAAACUAAUUGCUUUCAUCGGCGGCCUCCGAGAAAAUCACUCACAAAUUGAAUUGGAUUUACGUAAUCAUCUCAAUUCUACAUUACCGGAAUAUAUGCGACCUCAACUGUAUGUCUUUAUAGAUCAGUUUCCUUUGACGACAAACGACAAAGUCGAUUCAACAUUCCUUAUGAAUCUCGCUAGAGACAGCAGCUAUUGGAAAACCCAUGAGACAAAUCACGUUUAUCCACGAAAUUUAACUGAAUUUCGUCUCCAUCAGAUAUGGUCGUCAAUUUUAGGCACAAACAACUUCGGAAUACUCGAGAAUUUCUUCGAUUUAGGAGGGCAUUCCUUGUUAAUCAUUUCAAUGAUUAUUCAAAUCAAACAAGUCUUUACGCGUACUAUUACCGUAACAUCCAUCGUUGCCAACCCGACUAUUGAGAAAUUGAGUAAAUAUAUCAAUCAAGAACUUCGAGAGACUAAUGACGAUUCGGUGUUGUCGAUCUGUUCGGGAACAGACGAAACGCCUCUCUUCUUGAUCCAUGCGAUAGAAGGUAUUUCAUUCAUAUAUUCUUCAUUGGCACCGUAUUUCAAAGAACAACACACUAUCAUUGCUUUGAAUGACCCAAUGUUUACGGAUGCUGAGAAUAAGUUCAAUAAUAUUGAAAGUAUGGCUACGUUUUACAUAUCAUUAAUCAGGAAAAAACAACCAAAAGGUCCUUACCGUCUCGGCGGAUGGAGUUUUGGAGGUAAAGUUGCCUUUGAAAUGGCCUGUCAACUUGAAAAACUCGGUGAAGGUACCGAAGUUCUCAUCCUAUUAGAUUCGUACCUAACUGAAACAUAUCGUGAAUUCAAUAUAUGCGAUGAUGAAGCAUUUGAGCAAUCUCUUCGCAAGUACGUUACUAAUCAAGGUGUAGAAUUAUGCUCAAAAGAAGCCGAGUAUUUAGCAAAUGAAAUAAAAAAUAACGUUAUCUUAUCGUCAAAGUACGAACCGCGGUCUUAUUUCGGACGUGUCGUUUUGAUCAAAGCUUCUGUCAAUCAUAAUACGAAUGACACAGAUUUCAUCGAUCCGUUCAAUGGAUGUAAAAAUAUAAUUCAAUCUGAAAUCGAGGUCUUCAGCGUGCAUUGCGAACAUAGUAAAAUGUUCGCUAGUGAAAAUGUUGAACAGAUAGUCACUCGAUUGAAAUAUGCGUUGUCAACUGCAACAGCUGAUCCUGUCUUGGUAAAGUUCGAUCUGUCAUGUGAAUCUCGACAUCUGUUACAUGCCGCUCAUCACCAGGAUUAUUUUCUGCUGCAACGCUUCAUCGAACUCGGCGCAGAUAUCAAUGCGCAAGAUGAUCACGGACGAACUGUUGUACACUGGGCUGCACAUUUGAACGAUGGCAAGAUUUUCGACAUUCUAAAGCGUCAAUGUGCCAACAAAGUUGACCUCAGCAAAAAAGAUAUUCAUGGGCAAAGUGCUCGCGACAUAGCUGAGAAAAAUAACGAUGAACAAGACAUGACUCUGUUUAGAAACUACUUCGAUUUUUCUUACACUCAUGAACAUUAG